AUGCAGUUUGGGCUUCUAUCCCGCGAGGUGUCCCAAUCCAACAAGCAGCGGAACACAUCGUGUUCGUACUUGAUAUCCUUCGAAGAAUUGCAAAGCCGUGCUCUCGCGGGCUGUGUGUGGUGUCGGCUCCUGGUUGCGGUAUGGACGAAUCGACCCACCAACGCUUCCGGCGCGUCCUCGAACGGUCCUCUGAAUGUUACAGUCCGGGGCUCUAUAGAGACACAAGCCAGUUGGAAUCCAGAUCACAUCCAAUGCGUAAACGUGACGAUCAACGACUUCAGUCUAUUCAAAGGACUCGUACACGCCGCUCCAGAUGAUCUUGCGGCGCCCUACAUCAACAUGCAAAGCCCCAUCUUGGACGUGGGCUCUCCUCGUGCGCUAGCACUCGCAAAGGAGCGCGUCGACCACUGUGUCCAUAAACAUGAGAGCUGCGCUGCCAUCUCAGCCAUCGCCGAUCCUCUUCUACCCACACGCCUCAUCGACUGCACCGACCCUACGCAUCCGCGUCUCGUUUCGACACACGAUCAACGUGGCAAAUACCUCACACUGAGCUACGUCUGGGGCGGUGACCAGGUCCAUAAAACGACCACAUCGAACAUUUCCCUGUACGAGAGCGGGAUUGACCUCGCUCUCCUCCCCGCAACCAUCCGCGACGCAAUCCACGUCACCCACGCGCUUGGGUACCGAUCGCUCUGGGUCGACAGUCUCUGCAUCAUACAGGACUCGGACGAGGACAAACGACGCGAAAUCGGGCGUAUGCACCACAUCUACCGGUACGCACACCUGACGAUCAUCGCCGCGAGCGCGCAGAAGGUCGACGAGGGCUUCCUACAAGACCGUCCCCCUCCGCCACAGCUGGACUUCGGCGCUCUUCGUUCGGGCGGCGACAUCGCUCUUCCAUUCAUCUGCCCUACAAACGCUGCGACCCCGCAAGUCGGCACCAUACACAUCACCCCAAUCCGCCUGGGACGAGCAUACGCGCUGGGCUCGCGCUGGCCAUACUACAGCAACAACCCAGGACCCAUCAGCACGCGCGCCUGGUGCAUGCAGGAAUACCUCAUGUCCCCGCGCUCGCUCAUCUUCACUCCCCGCACGCUCCAGUUCCGCUGCCAAACGACCACACAAAGCGUCGGCGGGUCUCUCUGCGACACGCUCAACGAGAAGCGGCUCCCCGACGUCCUCUUCCUCCCCGACCCGCCGCUCGCCGCGCACGGCUCCAAAGAGCGUCACGCCGCGCACGACGCGUGGCUCGACGUCGUGCAGGACUACACGCGCCGCGCCGCGAGCGUCCCGUCGGACAAGCUCGUCGCGUGCGCCGCGAUCGCAGAGCAGUUCCACGCCGUGCUGCGCACGGACUAUCUCGCGGGCCUGUGGCGCGACACGCUCCUCCACGACCUGCUCUGGUGCAAGCAGCAGCGCGGCGUAUACGUGCGCCGCCCGGUUGCGUACCGCGCGCCAUCAUGGUCGUGGGCGGCGGUCGAAGGCGAGGUGGCGUGGUGGGGACGCCGGACACAGGCGUUCGUGGACGAGAACGCUCUCGCGGAAGUCGUGCGCUGCGAGGUCGCACUGGAAGACACCGCGCUUCCGUUCGGGCAGGUGACUGGUGCGACACUGGCCCUGCGUGCUGCUCUCUUGCCGUGUACAGUACGUGGCGGGCGAGAUCCUGGGGACCACGAGAUCCUCGUACGCACCGUGCACCGGAGUGCUCCGGGAGCUGGCGGCUUAGGCAUAGACGGCGAAGUCGGAGCUGAGCCGGCGUCCUGUAGCCCUCGGGGAGACGCCGAGGUUGACUGCCAGGGCGACUUGGGGAUUGAGAAGCUGUGGGCUGUACCGCUUCUUCGGGGUAGCACUUCGGUAGAGGGCCUCCUCGUCGCUCAGGCAGCUUCGGAUGGCUUGGAGAAAGACGGCGGGAAGGUUCGCUUUCGGAGGGUGGGGUCCUUCUACCUCGGAUUCAUGGAAGAGCCGAAGAAUAAUGGAGACUUGGGGGAAGCGACGCGCAAUCUCGCGCGAGCCUUGAAGAACAGGGAAUACCCAAUAGAGAAUAUCGAGCUCGUAUGA